AUGUUUGAUCAUUGUACUUUCUUAAUUAUAGUAUCGGAAGAUUUAUCAACAAAAGAAUAUGAAAAAUUAUACGAUUCAUUAAUAUCAAAUUAUGCAACCAAAAUUUAUUUUAAACCAGAACAUGAUACCUCCAAGAAUUAUAUGAAUCCACCAUCCAUUACAAAUAUUAUAACUGCUAAUAAUCAUAUUGACUUUAUUGAAUAUCAAGAUGCAAAGAAUUCAAUGUUAUCUAUAACUACACCAGAUUGGGUUUAUGAAUCAAUGAAUGCUAAUAAAUUAUUAAGUUAUAAAAAUUAUAAUCCAGAUCCUUCAUUCUUUUUCAAAGAUUUAUUUAUUUGUUGUUCUGAUAAUUUACCUGAUGGUGAUAGAGAAUUAAUUUAUGGUGCUGUAAAAGCAUUUGGUGGUAAUUAUUUAGAUGCAUUAACUAAAUAUACUACUCAUUUAAUUUCACAAGAUUUAGGUAAUGAAAAAGCUAUAAUUGCAAAUAGUAUAAUUCCAAUUCAAGUUAAUUCAAAUGAUUCUAAACAGCCAGUUAGUAUUAAAAUUGUUCAACCUGAAUGGAUUGAACAUUGUAUUACCAUGGGUAAAAAAAUUAAGGAAGAUAGUUAUAUUUUACAAGAUUUUACAAAUAACAAUUUAGAUUUAUGUUUGGGUUAUCAAAACACAUCAGAUGGAAUUGAUCAUAUGGAUGAUGAUAGUGAAGGUUUUGUAAAAUUGAGUAAUAAAGAAAGCCCAAAUUCUUUAGAUUUUAUUUUGAAUAAAAAUUUCUUCAUCAGUUCUGAUUUUAAUUUAUCUCCAAGAUUAUCAACGUCAGUAAGAGCUUUAAUAAAUAAAUUUGGUGGAGCUGUACAAGAUAGUUUUGAUGAAAAUAGUUUAGAUAUUUAUUUAGGUAAGUAUAGAUCUGGAGAAUAUUAUCAAAAGGCAAGUUUAAAUAAAAAUGUUAUAGUUGGUAAUUUACUAUGGUUAUACACUAUAAUGGUGAAUAAGAAAUGGAUAUUACCGUUAAAUUCAAAUAUUUUAAAUUACCCAAUACCUCCAAAUCCAUUAAAAGCAUUUAAAAAUUUAAAAAUUUCAAUUUCAAAUUAUUCUGGUGAUUCAAGAAAGUAUUUAACAAAAUUGAUAAGUAUCCUUGGUGGCACAUUCACUAAAACAUUAAGUAAAGAAAAUGAUAUUUUAAUUUGUGCUAGACGAGAAGGUAAGAAAUAUGAUGCUGCUAAAAAGAAAUGGAUUAAUGAAGGGGCUCAAGUUAAAGUUGUAAAUCAUUUAUGGUUAGAAGAUUGUUUUGUAAAUUGGUCCAAAUUAGAUGAAUCAAGUGAUAAAUAUAUAAAUUUUGGUAAUGAAAAUUUAGGCAUGGAACCACUAAUUGGAAGAGUUAAAUUGAAUGAAGUGGCUUUGAAAAGGUGGUAUUUAAAUAAUGAAUUUAGUAGUGAAGCUGAUAUGACUAGUAAUAUUGAUGAUAGUAUGAGUGAAGAUGAAUGUACACAAUCUCGAAAAGAAAAAGAAGAAACUCAAACACAGUUGAAAGUAAGAGAAACAUCAAUAAAAGAAGAAAAGAAGGAACAUACUACUAAAGAUGAUGAUACCCAAUUCAGUAGUGAUAGUGAAGAAGAAGAAAAUGGUGAUAAUUCAGUACAACCACAACCAUUAGUUAAAAACGAAAAUUCAACAAUUGUUAAACCUACAUCUUCACAAAUUAGAGAUGUUCAACAAGAAGUAUCAAAUUAUAUGAAUUCAUCGCCAUAUAAAAAGGAACCAUUGGUUAAAGACUCAUUGUUCAAAGAAUCAACACCACAAACAAAAUCUAAAUCGAGGACUGAUGAAGAUGUCUCCAAAACUACACCAUCAAUGGUUGCAUCACAUAAACAAGCUGAUGAAUCAACACAAGAAUCAAGUCAAGAUGAAGAUUAUCCUGAACCAUCUACAAAUAAAAAGGAAUCAGUACAAAACGAUUUAACAACUUCACAACUAGAAGAAACUCCACCAUGUUUAAAAGAUUCAGAUCCAGUAUUUGUAAGAGAGGAAAUACAAGCAAGUUCAAAGAAGAUAACACCAAAAGUAAAGAAAGAAAAAACUCCAACAUCCAAAAAAUCGAAAGUGUCAAAAGAUCAAUCACCCGAUACAAAAGGUGCAUCACCUACAACACCUUCAGAUAAUUCAGAACCAACUCUACCUCUAAUUCAACCAGCAUCACAUUCAAGAUAUGGUGGAAGAUCAGCUGCAAAAAAAGCAGCAUUAAAAUUACAUGAUAAUAUGUCAGAUUUAAAUCAAUAUCAACAAGUUAAAAAAUCAAAUAAGAAAAUGCAAUCAUAUUUUGAUAAUUUAAAUAAUGCAAGUCUUCCAUCAUCAUCAGAAUCAAAUUCAAAUUCAACAAGUAAACGAUCACUAGAAGAAUCAGAAGAAUCACCAGUUUCAAAAAAACAAUAUCAAAUAAUCGCAAUCAUGACCGGAUCAGAUAUAGAAUUAACUAAGACUGAUUAUUCAAAAUUAAAAGAUUUGGGUAUAAUUUUCAUUACAGAUUUUUCAUCUCCAAAAUCACCAAAUAUAUUAUUUGCUCCAAAAUUAUUAAGGACUGAAAAAUUUUUAAGAAGUUUAAGUAAAGUGAAUAAAAUAAUUCAUCCAAAAUAUUUAACUGAUUUAUUAUCUGAAGAAAACAAGGAAAAUAAUUUAAAUAUAAAUGAUUAUAGUUUAGAAAAAAUAGAUCCAUCAACUGAAACAGAAUUAAAUUAUGAAAAUAUAGGAAAUUCCACAGCUCCAAUUUUUCACAACUUGAAUUUUAAUUUAUCUAUUAAUUUGAAUGGAGGAAUUGAUGUUAUUUCUCGAAUUUUGAAAGAUCAUGGAAUGAAAGAUUAUAAAGAAAUAAAACAAAGUACGAAAUUAAAAGAUGAGAAAAAUAUAAUGACUAAUAAAGAUAACGAUGAGAAAACUAUAUUAAUUGCAAAUAAAUCAAAGGAUACAAAAUUGAUCAAUAAUUUUAAAAAAGAAGUUGAUGAUUCAAUUGUAUUGAAUUGGAAUUGGUGUGUGAAAUCAAUCUUUCAAAUGGAAUUACAGGAUUAUGAGGAGUACAAAGUAUAA